GCUCACACAUGGCGGUUGGACGCUACUCUUAGCCAGGGAGCGAAUUUUUCAUAUCCAUCAUGAAGCUCAGGGCGGAAACCAACUUCCUCCUGCGCAAACAGUCAAAGCAGGCGCUGGGACCAGUCGAAGUUAUCGGCGGCGCUGUUAUCUCCACGCUGGCUUUUAUUUUGACAUUCUGGUCGAUGAGUUGCCUGAUUCGAGUGUCAUCCCCUGCUGUAGCCACGUUGAUUGUGGGGGCACUGGCUAUUAUGGCAAUGCUUGCGAACUACAUUGGCGUAGUCAGAUAUCGCAUGCAGAGAACGGCAAGAACUUGGUUAGUGCUCGCUUUGUGCCUUUGGGCCGGCCUAGUUGUUGGUCUCGUUCUAGGCAACAACUACUGGUGGCUGGGUGUUGGCAAGUACCAAGAGUAUCACCAGAUGGCCAGCUAUGUCAAUGUUGAUCCUUCUCGUGACAAAGGGAGUUCUUUCAUGGAUGCUGGGGCGAUCUACUUCAAGGAUCGUGUGAGUGUAGACAGAACGAAGGCUAUCGCGUUUCGCAAUGGCUUGACGUACUGUAUUGCUCCAGUGAUUCUGGACCCCUUAGAAGCGGCUUCCGCUGGCAAUGCUUCAGACUCCAGAAAAACAGCAGCAGGCUUCCUGAUUCCAACGAGUGGGACUCUUGACUUCUGGGCAGUUGGUACGAACUGUUGCGGCACAACUGGAACUCCGUUUUCUUGCUUUGAUGCAGCCAACCCCUUUGCGCGAUCUGGCCUGCGGGUGUUGGAUGACACGCAUAUUGCAAUGUAUCAGCUGGCGGUGCAGGAAUGGACAGCUACAACUGGGGUCCCGGCGAAAUAUCCGCUCUUCUUUGAGUGGUCGCUCGACCCGUUGAUGUUGGAAGACAAGCUGAAAAGUAUGGCCAGCAAUAGCAUGUUGAAACUUGGUUUUGUAUAUGCUCUCGCAGCGCUUUUGGUUUCCUACGUAUUGCACAUGCUGUUCCGCUACUACAAGGUGCUUUAGGUCUGCUUUCAGGCUGUCUUGAGAGACUGACUCUGGCUUCUGAGCCGCUAAAAGUCUGUACAUAUAUACCAGCCUACCACCCACAUCAGGCAGUGAAGAAGUGCCAAAGAAAAACCCUUUGGGUUCAGUCCGA